AUGUCAGAAGUGGAUAAUAACGGCACCAACGUCCUGCACUGGGCAUGCAAGGGUGGACAUGUGGAUAUGUUUGAGUGUGUGCUCCGGCAAUACGGUAUUUUGAUGAAUGUGCAAACGUCCCCUCUUAUACAGGCUGCACUUAAAGGAAACAGGGACAUUAUUGAGUUUCUCGUGUCUACGGGAAGUAAUGUGUCACAAGUUGAUGACGCAAACAACACCGUCCUGCACUGGGCCUGCUUAGGCGGAUACAUGGCUGUGGUGAAGUAUCUAGUUCGUCAAGGCAGUGUUGAUAUUAACAGUAGAAAUAAAGACGGACUGACCCCUUUGAUGACGACUGUAAUAAAAGGUAAGGAAGACGUGUUUGACUUCCUCGUGAGGAUGGGAGUUAAUGUGUCACGUGUGGAUGUUCAUGGACGCAAUAUCCUUCAUCUGGCCUCUUUAGGUGGACCUGUGGAGAUGGUGAGGCAUAUCCUAGGGCAGAACCUGGUCGACAUUAACGUCAGGGACAAAGAUGGGAACACGGCAGCCAUGAUAGCAAAGCGUAAAAGCCGCCAUUAUAACUCGUAUAACCUUCUUGUUUCACGGGUUGUCCAGUGA